CACAACUCAUCUUUUUUUCCUCUCUUCUCUCUUUCUCUCUCCAAUUUUCUGCAAUUUUGUGAAGAUCUGCGAGCAGAGAAAGAAGAACAAAGAGGAGUAGUAUUUGGAGAUAAUCAAGCCUUCUUCUCUCUCUUCUUUCACCAAUUUUACUUAAAAAAAAAGGCUUAAUUUUUCAAUUUCUCCAUUGAAGAUGAUCUCUCUUCACAGAGCCAAUUUCUUGAGUAACAAACCAGGUGUACCCGGGCAAUCAACCGGGUUGACCCGGUUUCAGAAUCGAGGUCCUGCGGUGGUUCGGGUUGCGGUGGGCCCAUCAAAAGGUCGAUCAGGUGAAAACGGCACCGUUUUGACGGAGGAGGUGAAAGAAGGAGCUUCUGCUGCAAUUGAUUUGAAUGAUAAAUCGACGGUCAGUGGUGGUGGUGUGGAAGACGUGUACGGUGAGGAUUCUGCCACGGAGGACCAGCUUGUUACUCCUUGGUCUCUUUCCGUUGCUAGUGGUUAUUCACUGUUGAGGGAUCCUCACCACAACAAAGGGCUUGCCUUUACAGAGAAGGAAAGAGAUGCUCACUACUUACAGGGUCUUCUUCCCCCAGCCGUUGUUCCUCAACAGGUUCAGGUGAAGAAAAUGAUGAAUAAUAUCCGUCAAUAUCAAGUGCCAUUACAAAAGUACAUGGCAAUGAUGGAUCUUCAGGAAAGGAACGAAAGGCUUUUCUACAGGCUUCUUAUUGAGAAUGUUGAAGAGUUACUCCCAGUGGUCUACACCCCAACUGUUGGCGAAGCCUGCCAAAAGUAUGGGAGUAUCUUCAGGCAACCUCAGGGUCUCUUUAUUAGUUUGAAGGAAAAGGGAAGAGUCCUAGAAGUGCUGAAGAACUGGCCGGAGAGGCACAUCCAAGUUAUUGUUGUUACCGAUGGUGAGCGGAUUUUAGGUCUUGGAGAUCUUGGUUGCCAAGGAAUGGGAAUACCAGUUGGAAAGCUUGCUCUAUAUACUGCUCUUGGUGGAAUUCGUCCACCAUCGUGUCUGCCCGUCACUAUUGAUGUGGGAACAAACAACGAGGCAUUGUUGAAAGAUGAGUUCUACAUUGGACUUCGGCAAAAGAGAGCGACUGGACAGGAGUAUGCUGAACUUAUGCAUGAAUUCAUGACUGCUGUGAAGCAAAUAUAUGGAGAGAAGGUUCUUGUUCAGUUUGAAGACUUUGCUAACCACAAUGCAUUCGAUCUACUUGCAAAAUAUGGUAGCACCCACCUUGUCUUCAAUGAUGACAUCCAGGGGACUGCCUCUGUUGUCCUUUCUGGACUUCUUUCAGCACAAAAAUUGGUGGGGAAAUCAUUAGCCGACCAGACUUACUUAUUCCUUGGAGCUGGAGAGGCUGGCACAGGUAUAGCAGAGCUCAUAGCUCUUGAAAUUUCAAAACAGACCAAUACACCUGUGGAGGAGGCUCGUAAGAAUAUCUGGCUUGUGGACUCCAAGGGACUGAUAGUCAAUGGUCGCAAAGAAUCACUGCAACAUUUUAAGAAGCCCUGGGCUCAUGAGCAUGAACCUGUGACAGGACUCCUCAAUGCUGUUAAGACCUUGAAGCCCACUGUCUUGAUUGGGUCAUCGGGAGUUGGAAGGACAUUCACCAAGGAUGUGGUUGAGGCAAUGGCUACAUUUAAUGAGAGACCUAUCAUUCUUGCAUUGUCUAAUCCAACUUCACAAUCGGAGUGCACAGCUGAGGAGGCUUAUACAUGGAGUAAGGGCCGUGCAAUUUUUGCAAGUGGAAGUCCAUUUGAUCCUGUCGAAUACGGAGGAAGAACUUUUACAUCUGGACAGGCAAAUAAUGCUUACAUCUUCCCUGGAUUUGGUCUUGGCUUGAUAAUCUCUGGUGCUAUCCGUGUUCAUGAUGACAUGCUCUUAGCAGCUUCGGAAGCUCUUGCAGCCCAGGUAACCGAGGAGCAUUUUGCUAAGGGUCUUUUGUACCCUCCAUUUAGGGACAUCAGAAAAAUAUCAGCCCAUAUUGCAGCCAAGGUGGCAGCUAAAGCAUAUGAGCUGGGUCUCGCAACUAGGCUACCGCAACCAGAGAAUUUAGUGAAGUAUGCUGAGAGUUGCAUGUACAGCCCUGCCUACAGAAGCUAUAGGUGAUCUUUUCUUGAGCAGUUUAUGGAAUCCUUUCCCCCUCUUGUUGUUUGUUGAAGUUCAUAAAUUAGUUUAUUGUAUGGAUUUGUCUGUCACAUGUAAUGUUUUUAUUAGACACUUCAACUUUGAAAAAAAAGAGAGGAAAAAAAGAGGAAAAGUAUGAUAGAGGUGUAUGUGUUUACACCUCACUUCUCAAAGACUCUAAAAGUAGAUUAGAAGCUAGAAUAAUUCAGAGAAGUACCGAUGAUGAUGAUGAAAAGAGCUACAAUCUAUGACGUCGAACUCUUAACUAGGAUAUUUAUAUGCAGAAAAAGGGGGGGGGGGGGGUGAGAGGGGUGGCGAGUGGGAUGCUAUAUUGCUAUCAGAGUAGUAAAUUCUUUUGUGUAAUCAGUUAACUAGUGUUAUUCCAUGAAUUCUUAAGAUUAAUGUAUAACCUUAUGGAGUUUAAGUGUGUAGAACCAUACUCGUAUCA